AAUGAUAGACGCCUCGACUCGACUACGCAGGGCGAUACUCUUAUCCGAUGCUUUGCUGGUCAAACGCAUCAUUCGCUCCAACCCCGGCAUCUUACAGAACCCCGACUUCAAAGACAAGAGCAACACGAGUCUACACCUUGCGGCGCAAGCUGGUUUCGAGGAGAUUGUGGCACUUCUCGUCGACGCUGGACAUGACGACGUCGAGAUAUCGCGCAAUGCCGACUGGGACACUCCCUUGAUGCUGGCUGCGCGACACGGCAACGUCGACGUCGGCAUUCUGCUCGCCAAUCGCUUUCCGCGCUGCAUCCCCGUCACCAACAAGUCAGGCCUGGAUGCCGUACCCUGCCUCAAUCCUGCGUCUACACCUUUAGUAUCCUUGCUAUUAUCCCACCCAGAAUACCCCGCUCCUGCCGAUGGCCGCGACAACCACGGCGACACUCCUCUCCACCACGCAUCCGCAUCAGGUUCCCUCAAAGCGCUCCGUGUCCUCCUUUCUGCAGGUGCAGACCCGACAGCUAAAAAUACCUACGACUGGACACCACUUGCAUACAGUCAGACAGUAGCCGCAGAGGUCUACUUCAAGAACCUAGUCGCCGAACUCGAACGCAGGAAAGUCGAGGGUAUACGUGGCGAGCAAGAGAGGAGAGAAGAAGCUAUAAAGCGCAAAUAUGCCGGCGUGCGCCUUGUCACCGAAGACCACGAGCCUCCUUCGCGGCCCAGCGACGACAUGACGAGAUCCGAGAGUAGUAACUCUAUUUCUAGUCCUAUCGACCAGAGGAACGCAUUUGCACCAACAUCUGUCACGCCAACUGUCGCAAAGAGCAAUCCUUGGGUUAGUGGUGGCUUUGAGACAAGAGCACGAGCGUGGAGCGGAGGA